CUAGAGAGACGGUAUUAUAGGCAUGAUAUGAAGUGCAACUUGCUCCGCACAAGGAUAUCCUAGAAACACGCUGCGCUUUAUAAAUGAGAAUUAUAAUACUGCCUGAUUUAUGAUAUAUUCUUUUCGACGCGACGUCAGACAAAUCAAAUAGGAGAUUUUAAGUCGGUUAAGUCGUUCAAUUAAUUAACCAUCACUGCUUCAAGACUGACAGAAAUCGAAGUAGAGUAAUAGUAGUAAUGUCGACUCCUGGCGACGGUAAUAUGGGGAACGAUAGCAGCGCAGGGAGCAGUGGUGGAUUAGGCGACGGUAGCGGUAAAAUUAAUAAGCCUCAUCCGCCUACGAAUGUGCUACAGAGGAUGACCGGGAUAUUAGAAGAUAAGAGCAACGAUUACAUGUGUCCGAUUUGUUUCGAUCUUAUCGACACGGCGUAUAUUACACGUUGCGGACACACGUUCUGUCACCACUGUAUCGUAAAGUGCUUAGAGAUUAAGGAUCGUUGCCCGAAAUGCAGUUUCACGUUGAGCGAGCAGGACAUUUUCCCGAAUUUUCUGUUGGACGAGCUAGUUUCCAAGUAUAAAACGAGAACUAAAGGUCUCGCUCAGCUAGGCUCUUACGCGGACAAUAGUAAGCACCGAGCGGCGGGUAGUGAUCUGUCGGCACCGGCGUCCGACGGAUUGAGGAGCAUCGUGGCAGCGGAGAGCGCCAAUCUCACUCUGCCCGACGUUAAUGUGAUGCUCGAGGUGCUGACCCAACGGAAGCAUCUACUCGAGGCGGAGACUUGUACGGCGCAGAACAAGCUUCUGCACGAGUUCCUCAAACACUUGCUGCAACAAAAGGAGGAACAGCGGAAUCAGUUGCAGAAAGAAGUGGCGUUGAUCAAGAAAGACAUGGAAGAAGUGGAGAACAUUCUGAAGGACGUUCAGAGCAAAUGUCCGCGGGUGGAGGACGUCAAGAAGGCGAGCGAGAACGAUUCCGCGCAGGUAUCGGCCAUUAGGCGGGAGAUGCUCGGUCUUCUAGACAUAAUAGACUCGAAUAUGGUGAAACCUAGCGACAAGGGGACCAUCGGCCCCGACACCUUCUCCAAUCCAAGCGUCAGUCAUCCCGGUGGAUCAACCCUAGCUGUACGUAGGAAGAGGCUGCACGCUCACUUCGACGAUUUCGUUCAAUGUUACUUCGACUCUCGCGGCAAGGAACUAUUGCUCGGUCAGAAAUCGCAGCCUCAGAGCGAGACUCACGGCGGCGUGUACAGCACGAGUUCUGGUCUGGACGUCUUUCGCGAAAAUCUCGUCAAGUUCUCGAGGUACAAUUCUCUGCGUCCAGUGGCUACUCUGAACUACUCAUCGGAUCUCUUCAACAAUUCCACUAUCGUGUCUAGUAUCGAGUUCGAUAAGGACAACGAAUUUUUCGCGAUUGCCGGUGUCACCAAGCGCAUAAAGGUAUUCGAUUACGGUGCUGUUAUACGGGACACCGUCGACAUUCAUUACCCUUGCGUCGAGAUGGUCUCUAGUUCGAAGAUCUCGUGCGUCUCGUGGAAUUCCUUUCACAAGGGCAUGCUUGCGUCAUCAGAUUAUGAAGGUACCGUGACGGUAUGGGAUGCGACGACCGGUCAGAGGACGAAGACGUUCCAGGAGCACGAGAAGAGGUGUUGGUCGGUCGAUUUCAACGACGUGGAUACCAGAUUGAUCGCGUCCGGCUCCGACGAUGCCCGGGUGAAAUUGUGGGCGUUGAAUACCGAUCAUUCCGUGGCGUCGUUAGAGGCGAAAGCGAACGUGUGCUGCGUAAAAUUCAAUCCGCGUAGCUCGUGUCACCUGGCGUUUGGAUCUGCGGACCACUGUGUACACUACUACGAUUUGCGCAACAUGAAGGAGGCGUUGUGCAUAUUCAAGGGCCACCGCAAAGCCGUUUCCUACGUCAAGUUCAUCAACAAGGAGGAAAUUGUAUCAGCCAGCACGGAUUCUCAGCUGAAGAUGUGGAACAUAAAUAAUCCGCUUUGUCUCCGAUCGUUCGUUGGGCAUGUGAAUGAGAAGAACUUUGUCGGACUUGCUACUGACGGCGAUUACGUUGCCUGCGGAUCGGAAAAUAACGCGCUAUAUGUAUACUACAAAGGGCUGACGAAGCAGUUGUUCUCGUACAAAUUCGACGCCGUUCGAAGCAUAUUGGAGGUGCAGGACAGAAGAGAGGAAGAUCUGAACGAGUUCGUGUCCGCGGUGUGCUGGCGGCAGAUGUCUAAUGUCGUAGUAGCCGCUAACUCUCAAGGAAUUAUCAAAAUAUUAGAGCUGGUUUGAGACAAUUAGGUAAAAGCAAUUGAACGGGGAACUUAACUGACAUUGAGUGAAACGCGUAUUCGAUUACUAUAAAUUAAAACGGGUCUAAAUAAUAAAAAAAGAUAGCCAAAAGUAUAAAUAUAAGAAUAAUGAUAAAAAUUAU